AUGUUGAGCGUGGCGUCAGGUGCCAAGGUGCAGCACGCCACGGUGAAGAAGGCCCUGGAGCGGCUGAUGGUCGACGUGGCGCGGAACCAGCGCCUCCUCCAGGAGCUAAAACACCACCUCCCAACACCGGCCAUCCGCCAAUUCCCAACACCGGCCAUCCGCCACCUCCCAACACCCGCCACCCGCCAUCCACCAAUUCCCAACACCCGCCAUCCGCCACCAGUUUUUGACUACUGCUUUGACCCUUUUAUGGGACUGGCAUUUCAGUGGCCACCCACUAUCCGCCAUCCGACAUCCGCCAUCAGCUACCUCCCAACACCCGCCAUCCGUAGUCCGCCACCUCUGAACAACCGCCGUCCUCUACCACAACCUCCCAACACCCGCCAUCCGCCACCUCCUAACGGCCGCCAUCCGCCAUCCGCCACCUCCCAACACCCGCCAUCCACCAUCUGCCAACACCCCUGA